AUGCAGUUUGUUAUUCUGAUGAGUGUGCAGAUUGCUCCCCCAAGAUAUUUUAUUGGAAAUAAUGAAGUCACAAAUGUUUGUGAGCCACCAAUUGACCUCAGUACAUCCAGUGAUGAGUUUUUUGUGGGAUUCUAUGAGCAUGUACAUGGAUCAAAUGUACGUAAAUUCUACAUGUGUCAACUAUCUCCUGAAGUCGGACCAUGUAAAGGUAGAUUUCCUCGUUGGUUUUUUAACACCAGUUCAAGUCAAUGUGAAUUAUUCAUAUAUGGUGGUUGUCAUGGAAAUAAAAAUCAAUUUGGGACUCUUAACGAAUUUACUUGUCAUCUAUCUCCUGAAGUUGGACCAUGCAAAGGAAUUCCUCGUUGGUUUUUUAACACCAGUUCAAGUCAAUGUGAAUUGUUCAUAUAUAGUGGUUGUGAUGGUAACCAAAACAACUUUGAAACUUUACAUAACUGUCUGCAACAAUGUGGUGGUAAGUGCAAGGACAUUGAAGAGAUUGCACUAUUGAUGGUCAAGUCUAUCAACAAAGUCAUACUUGUCCAAGAACAUGUUCUAGUCCUGAAAUGUAUUGUGAUGGCAAUGUCACAGGAUGUGGAUGUCCUCAAGGACAACUUAUUGAUGAAGAUAUAA